AUGGCUUCUCAGAAUGCUCAGAGUUUCCUCCAGCCACUCUCCUCCUGGAUGUCCCGGAUGUACGAAGCUGUCCAACAAGCGGGAGACUCCUUAUCUUCUUCAUUGGUCAACUUGAGCAGAGUGGACCACAAAUCGGAGGAAGAUGGAAACCAGGACUUAGAAGACAGUGACGGCAGUUAUAAGGACUACUCUGAAGAUUCAGAAGAUGAAGGAAGCUUUAGCCAGAACAUGAAAGGUGCUGAGCAUGUGCAUUCUGAAGACAGUCACUUUCCAUCCACAAGUCAUGAUCUUGAUUCCGAGGCACCUGCCCGUGGCUCUAACAUGGAUCUGCAAUUGCAGAAAAGAGUGAGAAGUGGCACCAGCUCCUCAGAGCAACGUCCAGACGACACCAGCUCUCUGUCAUCCCAGGGAUUUUACCAAGAAUAUGACGACCACCAACUGCUAGGUAUGCUUCCUGCCAUACCCGAGGAGGAAGGCUACCUCAACAGGCAGAUAAGGGAUCUUCAGCGUGACCUUGAUGUGGCUGGCUCAUUAGAAAAUAUUAAUGGAAAAGCAUGUGUGGAAGUGAACAGUUAUGGGGAGGAUGAAGAGCUAACCACAUCUUCAGAUAGCGACGACGAGGUGAUUAAACAGUUUGCGAUCUCUGUGUCGCGCUCGCAGAGUUUUCGGUCGGGGGUGUCUGAAAAGGCAACACAAGCAGGUUCAGAACGUAAACCUAAAUUCAACCGCUUGCUGUCCAACCAUGAGGAGUACAGUACCGAGGCAUCUGAAUGCGAAGAACUGGAUGGGCUAAGCCAACUGAGUUUCCAAGACAACCUAUCCUAUCAUGAAGAUGACCACAUAUCUGUUGAUUCAAGAACUACCUCUGAGAGUAGGGGUACCAUGCAAGCCAAAGGCCCUGGAAUGGAGGCUAGCAUUGCCCAUAGCCUUAGCCAACAAGACACAGAAGGGAGCUUGCAAAUGGAGACAGCGUUCAGCAACCAGGGAUUUGAAGGAAAUGACGCAACUGACAGCUCAUCCGCUUGGAGCCCUGAGGAACAUGAUGGAGGGAAUAGUCUUCCAGCUCACCACAGUGCCCAUGAACCCAUUUCUAAAUGCGGUGACCUAGACGUCAUCCUCGAUUAUAAGGCCUCGAGCCAAAAGCUGCUGGUAACCAUCCUGGAAGCUAAGGAUAUCCCAGACAAAGACCGCAGUGGUGUGAACACCUGGCAAGUUCACACCGUCCUGAUGCCCAGCAAGAAACAGAGGGGAAAGUCGAGCAUUCAGAAAGGCCCCAUCCCAGUGUUCAAAGACCGAAUGACCUUUAAUAAGCUGGAGCCGGAGAAGCUGAGUAGCUACGCACUCAGGUUCCGUCUCUAUGCAGUGCGCAAAAUGAUCCGGGAACAGAUGAUGGGGGAGCAACUGUUUUAUCUGAGGAGCCUAAACCAGGAGGGGGAAGUGAAGGUGACACUGGUUUUGGAGCCCAGGAGCGAUAUGAGCAGCGGAGACUCUCAGAUCAGUCUGUCGGCAAUCUCGCACAGCGAUAGCGCUUCUUCAACACAGUCCCUGUCGCACGGAGGCGUACCGGAGCUGCUGGUGGGACUGUCAUACAAUGCUACUACCGGACGGUUGUCAGUAGAGAUGAUCAAAGGCAGCCAUUUCCGCAACCUUGCUAUUAACAGGCCGCCCGACACCUACGGAAAACUCUGCCUCCUCAACUCCAUGGGCCAGGAGAUGUCUCGUUGCAAGACAUCCAUCCGUCGAGGCCAACCAAACCCCAUCUACAAGGAGACGUUCGUCUUCCAAGUUGCCCUGUUCCAGCUUUCUGACGUCACGCUGAUGAUCUCCAUAUACAACCGGCGCAGCAUGAAGCGCAAGGAGAUGAUUGGCUGGAUUUCUAUGGGUCAGAACAGCAGCGGAGAAGAAGAGCAAAACCACUGGCAAGAAAUGAAAGAAACGAAAGGGCAGCAGGUCUGCAGGUGGCAUACCUUACUGGAAUCCUAA